ACGCACCCAGCGCUCGCACAAAUGAUGUAAUAAAACAUUUGCUGGAAAUUGCAAAUAGUAGGCCUGGCACCAAUGUGGCAAAGGCAAUUCUUGCCUACCAUGAGUCUGCCAGUCUGGCAACGCUUCUACUGGUCCUGGAAGAGGUGUCGAAAAAUACAGAUUUCUCAACAGAUUUGCGUUUGUCGCUAUCCUAUUAUAUGGAUGAGUUCUUAAGGCAAGUCUCCGGGUCGAAUGUACCUCGCCGUUCGGUCAUUGCUGCCGCCGGAAAUGUUCUUCAAUACUGCAGCAAGGUCUAUGGCGACAGAGUGGAGUACAUGUACCAGGUGGUGGAGCAUCAAAUUGAGGCUCUGCUUAUAGCAGAUCCCAAGAAGGAUGAGAACAGUAAUAAUAAUAAAGAUGCUGGCAAACCGGAAGAGCCGCGGAAGCGUCGCGUUAAGAAGCUUACGCAAAAGGAAUUUGAUCCAUUUUCAUACAGGAUGGAACCGAAAAAAUUCAAAAUAAUGUCAGAGGAGAAGCGUUUUAGUCGCGUUGGCUUUGAGACAAAUAGAAAUAGAAACCGUACAAUCGAGCAUAUGUAUCAGGACCACACUCCGUUGCAUAUGUGGAAAUACGCUUCUAUUAUGGAUCCAGCCAACCCCUACGAAAAGGAUGAGAAGAAGAACUACAAAGUAUUCACGUACCACCCGGAGCCCAGAUACAAUACGCUUCUGCCGGAUAUUCAGUUCGACCGUCUAAAUCUUAUCAAGGAGUAUGUGAACAGGAAUCAAGUGAAUGUGUCUGACACUCUAAACAGGAACAUGAGUAAUAAGGAAUACUUAGAUGAGUACAUAGCGUUGGAGAAUCAAAUGCUAGCUUCUCGCUAUGGGGAGAAGUCACUGUUGAAACGCACGUUGAUUGCCGAUGAAGAGGCGAAGACACAAACUCCAAAGCGUAUGAGGCUAGAAGAGGAUGUUGUCAAUAGUGAGGAUAUGAGUGGAGUGCAGCCGGAGUUAACGCUUGACGGCUCGUUUAAAACGACGUUCGUGGAUACAAUGGAGAAUCACCUUGAAGAAUCCUUGCUGGCGGUGAAUGAUGCCAGCUGCAUGGACAGCACGCGGUUGGAUCAGCAGACGCAACAGCAGUCACACACUGAGGAUAAACAGUUGCAAUUAGAGCUCAGCUCAGCUAGAAAAGGCGACGAGAACAAUGAGCAGUUGCUGCAAAUCGAUUCCGGCAUUGGGAUGGAUGACAUAUGCGAUACUCUGCCAGCAGCUCAAUCUUUUGAUGACGAGGGUGUUGUUCUUACAGAUUUAUUAGAGGAACAGCGUCUCCAAUCACUGUCGCCCAAGGUAAUGGUGCACGACAUAUUGCCCGGCGUGCCAGAUAAAGCCAAUCUUAGCGUUCGCGUCGAUGCCGAAAUGCUGGCACUCAGUGGCAUCAAUGAAACGAUCGAGGAGGAGGUUGUCCAGGCGCAACGCGAUGUGCACUUUGCAAUUAAGCGAAAUUUGUUCCUGCUGCCUGAAAAGAAGCUACGAAAAGAUUGCAUAUUUAAGUUGAGCAAAGAGUUUGAUAUAUUUAAAAAAGCGCGCAUCCCAGGUAAGCGACAGACAGAACCGAAAGCUGCCCCGGCGCCUAGGACUUUCCGCGCUUGCUCGCCCACACAUUCCGCGACGUCGCUAAGUAGUUUCCUAGACUUGCCUUUGGAUCAAAUGGAAUUCGAUGCAGACGAAAACUUUCGUGGCUUCAGGCGUCCUACUUACGAUUCAGGCAUUGACCAGGAGGAGGCUAGAAUGUCAAACUCGCCUGCGGACGAUGGCAUUAUCGUUGAUGUGGACACUGAUGGGUUCCCCGAUUUAAAUGCUAUAGAAGCAGCAUCGGAUCCAGCUGAAAUUCAACCAGCGAGAUGCUUAGAGCAAACAGAGAAGGACAUGACUUUACCGGAAAUGCUAUUGGAAGCCACAGAAUUAAAUCAAACACAGCCAAUUGCUGACGAUACAAUCGCCCAGAAUAUCAAAAAAGAGAAUACAAUUUCUUUGUAUGCCCCAGCUGGAAACAUAACUGAGUUGUCGAAUGUGGAAGUAGUCAAUGAGUUGGAUCAAGAUUGGGAUGCAGAGUCUAGCAAUUCCAGCUUCCAAGAAAACUGCAAUAGCAUAGAUGCUGAGACUGACGCCAAGAUAAUUGACUGGCAUCGUAGGCUUGCGCCCACAUUGGAAGCAGCACACGCCCGUCAAAAUUUUAGUAUACGGGAUUUAAACGAUGAGAUAAUAGCGAAGUGUCAGGAAAAAGGUGGAGUGGCCACUUUGGCAGACGUGCUGGAGGACAGGGAUCCAACCAAACUAUGUUGCUAUAUGCUGUCCUCAUUGCUGCUGACGAAUCAGCGCAACGUCGAUCUACAAAUAGAUAAGCGCGAUAAAAGCAAGCCCAUUGAGAUGAAACAGUUCAAAAUGAAUUUAAUUAGCACGGAGAGGAAACAAGUGAACCCGGAGGAUGAUAUUGGCAAUAUGAACAAUGCCUGCCACCGAGGGAACCAGGUAGCGGGCACAUCACAAAAAACGAAAACAUCGCUUCAACAACAACAGCACAAUCUUAAAACAGUUAAUGUAAACACCGUGCGGCUUAUAAAACCGGUUCCCAAGGCAAAUGGACGUCCGGAGGAUGCCGACUCGGGGUUGGCAUCUUCGGUGUCUAGCUGGUCCCUUGAUGCAUAACAGACGAUGUAUACUAACUAUUCGUGUGUGUCUUUAGUUUCUGUUUGAUAGACUUAAUCUCGAUAAAGAAUUUUGUAAAUAGAUGGGUAUAGAUGUGAAUAGAAGGGUAUAUAAGUGUAUAGAAUUUGAUGUCCGCCCCCGUAGGCAUUCCUAAAGUAAACGUUUUAUUUAUGUAUCACGAAUAU